CCGGAAGCGGCCGGUGUCCUGUACAAAAGCAUCCGGCUACACCCGGAAGCUGUAGGAAGAGUAGGCUAUGGCAGACGUAGAACCUAGGAGAGCCAAGAGCCCGCGUCGCGGCCGAGGCCGGGGUCGGGGUCGGGGCCGGGGCCUGGGUCAGCGGCGACCUCAAACCUGGGAGAUCUCCGACUCAGACGGCGAAGGGGCCGCCUCCAGGGAAGUCGGCACGCAAACCUCGAGUACAGUAAGAGAGCACAGGGCGGCGGCCAAGGCGUUACGGGCGGAUCAGGUCCUGAGUCGUCUGGCGGUGUGCGUGGAUCCAGCUGUCCUGGAAUAUGCAGGCUCCGACAUCCUGAUGGAGGCGCUGGGCAAGCUAGGCUGUGAAUGCCGCAUCGAGCCGCAGCACCAGUCCCGCAGCCUGCAGUGGAGCGUUGUGAGGCCCGAUCCAGCCCCCAGCCGUGUGCCUCUGGAGGCGUGGGCUGAGAAUGAGCAGGAACAGUUGCUGCUGCUAGAACCCCAGGAGUUUCUUCAGAGUGCUAUGCAGCUGACCCAGAUCACAGGCCCACCUUGCUCCAUGCCCUGGCUUUCUCCCAACAGCCCCAUCCACCCCCGCCUGGCUGUCAUUGGACUGGAUGCAUACCUGUGGUCUCACCAGCCCAGUUCUCAGAAGACAUGGCAGCUACAGAAGUCAAAGGAAGCCCGUGCCGAGGUGGCCAACAGUUGGCCCGAGGUGGAGGAGGCCCUGGUGCUGCUUCAGCUCCACGCAAACCUGGAUGUGCUGCUGGUGGCCUCGUGGCGGGAGCUGAGUCAGUACGUGUGUGCCUUCACCAAGGCCCUCUCCCAGCGCCCCUCCAAGCAGUACCGGGACUCCUGGGCCUUUUCCUUCUGCACAGCAGGGCACUGGGCCUCAGGCCAGCAAGUGACCAAAGAUGGCUCUGGGCUCCGAGGAGUGUGGUGGCGGCAAAUCAGGCAGUUCAACCGGGUCAGCCCAGCUGUGGCUGAUGCUGUUGUCACUGCCUUCCCCUCCCCCCGCCUUCUGCAACAGGCUCUACUGGACUGCAGCACGGAGCAGGAGCGCCUGAGUCUCCUAGCUGACCUCCCUGUGAAGGUCCAGAGAGGCAGGCAGCCCCGCAGGGUGGGACCUGACAUCUCACGCCGAAUCUGCAUCUUCUUGACUACCACCAACCCCGACCUCCUGCUGGACCUGAGCUCUUGACCACACCUGUGACAUCCCUGGGCUGCCUCCUGACCAUCCGCAGACUAGGACAAGCCUGCCCAAGAGCCUGACUAAGUCACUCUGAGAGGCAGGCAAGGCUUAGGCCCAGCCACCAUACUUUUUUCAGUCUGGGGUAGACUAUUGUUCCCUGGUCAAAUGGAAGCAUCGUGGGAGGUGAGGGGGUAAGGGAAGCUGGGGUGAAGAGCAGAGUCUGGAAGGUAGUAGGCAGCAAGGGCCCUGAAGUGACUGGGGCUUCACCGUGCCUUCGACCUGGACACCUGGUUGCAGGGCUGAGUGCCCAGUUGGGCAAUUCCCAAUUCCAAUGCUAUCUCGAAGCUUAGGGUACACCCUCAGGAGAAGAGAUCCAAACUGCUGGACAGACAGACACAGUGGAAGGGAAACCACAGGCACAGGCAGCUCAGGCCUUAUUGAGGACUCUUUAAUGUUAUAGCCUAUGGGAAUGAGACAAAACCCUUCACAGGGCACCCGCUGACAUCUUUUGUAACGGGCAGGAGCUGACAGCAUGCAAUUGCAAGUCAGGAAAACCCCAUGGCCCUGUGGGUCGGGACAGCCCGUCUCCUUCUCCCUGGGCUGUCAGUGUUCCUCUCUGAGUCAGCAAGUAUCCCAGGCUUGUACUCUAGGUCCAGAAGUGUUCGAGCCGCUGUUCCCAAGAUACAUGGCAACUCAAAGCACAGACAGAGCUGCUUCCCCACCACCAGCACAUGCAGUAGGAUGGCCUCCACACUCCUGGCCAACAGAGACUGUCCUGGCUUCAGGGAGAUGGGGACAAGCCUAGACAGACCUCAGCUCUUCCCUCUCCUGCUGCGCUGGAAGGGACAGAAUAAGGUAGUUGCAUCCAGCUGGAGAAGUCAGCUUCUUCUGCAGCGUUUCCUCUGACAGGGCCUGGUCUCGGGGCUCUCGGCACCAGCUGUGGCUGUGCCCGAAGCAGGUACAGGGGACUUCCAGCGGUUGCAGUUCAUGCUCAGGACCCAGCCCAGCUUGUUGUGCAGCACUUGCUUGAGUCCAGGUGGCAAGGGCAGGCCCUCCAGGGUAUCCCCCGAGUUUGGCCGCAGCUGGCGCAGGCGAUAGCAGCACAGGUAUUGCAGGGAGGUGGAGCUGGCGCAGGAGCGGAUGACUUUCAUGCUGCUCUUGGCAGCUGUGGAGCAGACCAUCGGGUAGAACCUCCUGUUCUGCAGCCGAGUGGCAGCCACUCCUGGAAGGGAGGCUCAGCCUGAGUGCCAGGUAGAGCAGGAACCAGGAAGCUCCUCCCAUAAUGCACCAUGGUGAACAGCUCAUGCCACUCUGAACACAGAAGACAGACUCACCUCUGGCCUGCUAACCCCACCCUCUAGGCUCCCAACUCUGGUCUCCAGGGUCAGGCUGAGACCUGGUCAGGAAGGACUCUCACCUAUGCACUUCCUGUUCUUGAAGAAGGUCAGCGUCCCAUGCCAGGUGUCCAAGUGUACGCCAAUAAUAGAGCCCUGGCCGAAGCGUGACGAGAAGCUCGUCUUGUCCCCUUUGUGGUGGAGGAGUCCUGGAGCAGUAGAUGGGCUACCUGACCCCUUCUCAUAGCCACCAGAGAAGAAUCUAGACACCUGUGGUUCUCCAGUGUACAGCAUAAGCAACCUCAGUGCUAAAGCUGGACUUCUAAGCCUGCAACAGUACAGUGAAAUGAGGCGGUGGCCUGGGGGUGUGAGGGGGGGGUGGAGGACAGCUUCUCACUUGGCUUCUUAAUGGAUCUCUGAAACUCAAUCUGCACAGCCCUCAGCCCCGACUGCCACAGCCCAUUGAGAUGGGCCCCUCUAGCACCCACCUCCUGCCUUCUCCAGGUAGCACAAGGUCUCCUAAAUCAUGGGGCUGGUACUGUCAGCAAGGUGUAGCAUCCGGCUCCUCACAGCCUAAGAUCUAAGCCUUAGGAUGUGUGCUCCCACUCCAUGCCGGGUACUUAAUGAAUCCUAAUGGGCUAAUGGAGCUGCUUCAAGUCCCAGCUGCAGCACACCCCUCCUAAGGUGCAGUCCUGUGGCUUGAGCUGAGUCUUCGGAGCCUGGUGGAGGUGUAGAUAAAGCUGGGCUGGUCAGGUUCCAGCUACUGACACUAUUCCUGUUCAGUCCUCUGCAGGCCCUCGGAUCCCUGUUUGGGUGCUAGGCUAGCUGACUGGCAGUCCUGAAGCUUUGGCCUCUGCCUCCUUGAGCUGUCUGGCUCUGCCAUACCCCACACAGUCCAUGACCCUUCUACAACCUCAGCAGAGCACCACCACAUCAGCUCUACCGUCUAUAUGGACACACAGCCCACCUCUUAUGAGCAGAGCACCACCACAUCAGUUCUACCAUCUAUAUGGACACACAGCCCACCUCUUAUGAGCAGAGCACCACCACAUCAGUUCUACCGUCUAUAUGGACACACAGCCCACCUCUUAUGAGCAGACCACCACAUCAGUUCUACCAUCUAUAUGGACACACAGCCCACCUCUUAUGAGCAGAGCACCAGGUGAUCACUGCAUUCUCUAGAUGGGAGGAGCACUCAGCCAGUAAGAGGUGCUCAGACCAGACCUUUCACCCCAUAUUCUUUUCACAAUAUUCAGGCUCUCCACUGUCCUGCUCUCUGCUUCUCUUGCAGUUAUCACCAGCUCCUUGGGGAGGGCCCCAAAUCGCACACCAAGUCCCAAGAACCAUCAUGGUGGUUGUACAGUAUCAUGAGCAGGUGAGGAAGGGGCCAGCAACAGACAGCUGAGGGGAGACUGGAAACUGACCUCCAACUCCAGGCCCUGUGUGCUGGAAUAGGGGAGUAGUAAUUCUACAAGGAGCCAGACACAAGAUGUUUUGUCAACCAAGGUUAACUUAGGCUCCUCAGAAGACAACCUGAACAGCUAUCCUGCCUGAAGGAAAGGCUUAUGCCCCAGAUAGAGCAGACCUUGUAUCCACUGGCAAAGAUGGCAUCCUCUAAGGCCAAGGCAAAUCCACUGAAUCAGGAGUCAGGGUUUAAGGUCAAUCUAGGCCAGGAGGGAGGGACCAGGGACACCAGGAACUCACCGCCAUCUGACUACAUGGCACGGCAAACUCAUCCCAUCACAGGCAUGAGUACCGCUGCUUCCACCCCUCAGUGAUGACUGUGAGGCAGGAACAGGCACACAGGCUGUUCCAGAGUACCCUGUCAUUGGGUGUAGCUGAAAAUUUGGGCUGACCCCUCAAGCUCAGAGGCCUCCAAGAACAGCAGGGACACUGCUGACCCAGUCAGUAAAUCUGCGGCUUCCAAGUUUUCCUCACAACCUGGUGAUCCCAUGGGCUUCUAGAAGGGACUCUAUGUUGUAGGGAGCUAUGACAUCAGAGCAGAGGCAAUACAGGGCAGAGCCAGAAUACCAGUCCAGUAUAGCAAGACAAAUCAAGAGCCACCCCCAAGAUCCUAGUCAGGAGCCUUAAGCCGGCAUCUACCCUGUGUCCUACAUUCCUGGGCCUCCCUGUGCUCAGAAUCUACAGCAAAGCAACUCUUAGAAAUUUGAACCUACAGAUUUAAAAAUU